UAUUCAGUGCAAAUUUAAUUACAUGUAUAGAUUUUCAUUUCAUAACAGAAGAGGCACGCAGCAAGUAUUACAUACAACAAAAAGAAAAUAAAUUAACAUUUGAUUUAAAGAUAAUAAUUAAUGAUUGGUGUUGAGAGUGCUGACCAGGAUAAGCUGUGCUCAAAACAUAUAAAUGACAAGAUAUUUUUAGAAUGCAGAUUCUUCAACUACAACACAUGGACCAGUCUUACCAAGUAGCUAACUGAAUAUAUCAGGUGUACAUUAUAGGUGGAGAUGGGACUAUGCGAGGGGCUGUAAAGAUAUUCAAUGAAAUACGACAACGCAAACUAAAUAUUGCAGUUGUUGGGAUUCCUAAAACAGUGGAUAACGACAUAGGAAUAAUCGACAGAUCUUUUGGAUUUCAAACAGCAGUUGAAAUGGCUCAACAAGCAAUCAGUGCGGCUCACGUGGAGGCCGAGAGCGCAGUUAACGGUAUAGGCCUUGUGAAGUUGAUGGGUCGAAGCACAGGUCACAUUGCUCUUCAUGCAACACUCAGCAGCCGCGACGUUGAGUGGUGGGAUAGGGAGCAUUCUGGUGAGCUAUUUACAGUGAAGUAUAUAGACCCUACCUAUAUGAUUCGUGCGGUUCAUGCAAAUGCUACUGAUAAUCUGUACUGUACACUGUUGGCACAUUCUGCAAUUCAUGGUGUUAUGGGUGGAUAUACUGGAUUUGUUGCUGGUCCUAUUAAUGGAAACUAUGCAUACAUUCCACUGGAAGAUGUAGCAUGUGCUAAUAACCCAGUGAAUACAAAAGAUCAUAAUUGGUCUUGGGUGAGAUCUGUCACCAAUCAGCCUGAUUUUCUAAAGAGCUAGACAUUUUGCAACACAAACUUUGAAGGGAGAUCAGAUU